AUGUAUCUCCCUCGGCUUCCUCGCACCCAUACUACCAGCUCGGCGCAGCCGAAGCGGGAGACGUGUCCUAAGAAACCUGCGAAAACAGGACGAAGAAAGUGUCCAGUCCCACUGCAAGCUCUUACCAAGGCCUUCGAAUGCCUAUCGGGACGCCUACCGAAGAGAAGGCAGGCUGGUCGCAAGCAGAAGCGCAAAUCGGACGAACCAUCAUCCGAGGGCGCACCGAAAGGCAAGCCACCCAUUCCUUUCGCACGCCCCACUGAUGGCAGGUCGAGAGGCGCGGUGGCGACGGAUGCCGGCAUGUCGACCAUCGAAGUGGGGACGACCAUCUUGAAAGAAGUCGCAGACCUCGCUCUGGGCGUGCCAUACCUCCAGAUCAUAGCGGCGGUGUUGUCCCAGAUCGUCAAGGUCCACGGGGAAGUAAGGAUGCUAAGUGACAAGUGCUCAGAUCUGAAGGGGUACGUCAACGAAUUGCGACGUCUGGUCGAUGGCAUCAAGGAUUCACUCGGCGGGACCGAGCACGUGCCAAAAGACCUGGCACAGGCACUCAACUUCCUCACAAGGCUGCAUCGUGCCUACACGGGACCGAUUCAGCCCGGUUCGGGCAGGCCGAUACACGCGAACGCCUCGUUUUCGUCCGCACAUUCUGACCUCCCCGCCAGCGCAUUAGACGAUACCGUUCAUGUCUACACAGAAUGUACGGCCAAGAUGACAGUGCGAAAGAUCCUCAAACGAGGCCUCCUACUCGGAGAAAUUCAGGAGUGCCAGAACCGCGUUCAAUAUGCCCUUGCUUUAUUCAACACAAAACUCGGAGUCAUCCAAUUUUCGGACGCGCAAAAGGCCUACGAGGUCUUGGAGGACACUCGAGGUAUGGUCAAAUGUAUACAGCAGACAGUCGGCAAGCAGCUAGUGAGUCCGACUUGA